GCGAAGAAGACAGGGUCUCAGAUUUCUUUACUUGUGAGAUGGAGGUUACAUUAUAUAUAUUUUUUCCGAAAGCUCUUUUGGGUAUCUAAUUUGAAAUUAGCGCCUAUCAUGUGAGAUAGCGACCCUCAGCAUGGAGGAAUCGUGGGAUUUUGAAUUCGUGUCUCGAAUGGUUGACAGUCUGGUGUCGUUUCUGUCCGAGUUUGUGGAUGACUGGCUGGCCAACGACAUGAGAGUUGCAGUGUUUAAAAUACUGUCCAGCUGGCUCGUCCUCAGUCUCAUCGCGAUCCAUUUCGCUUGGAAAGUGUACGGGAACACUGUCAACGAUAUGUACUACAGACAGGGGACUGGAGGACAGAAUGGAGGGACCCCUGACACAGCACCUCAUCGCAGUGGAUGGUAUGUGGUCAGCCAUUUGUUUUCCUCCAUAACAGGGAAAGUGCAGCUGGUGAUGCGAUGAAAUCCCACCGUGAGUGAUUUACCUGCAACUGGACUAAUAAGAACAGACUCACAAGCUGGAAAAUGGCAACUGCAUUCCUCCAAGAUGUAUAAAUAUGACAGAACUUGUGCCAUAAAAUCCUUACAUGUACAUUUAUUGGUACUUGUGAAUCUGUGAUGGACUGUGGUGCAUUUCUUGAAAUGUACCCAAGAGAAAGGUGCUGUGCACUGCACAGAGGGCAUUAAGGGUGUAUGAUCUGACAUCUAGCAGCUCCUACCCUUCUUUAAGGAUGGUUUGAAGACACCUUUAUUCAGACUGAUUUCUGGCUGUGAGUAGAUAAGACCUGAGAGAUAUGUUCACAAUAUCCUUUGAAAACGAAUUACUGACUGCAAUGCUGGUCAAAAUGAUGGCCCCAAAUAUUCACAUCGUAUAUUUGUAGAAAUCAGAUUAGAUCAUUGAUUUGAUAUGCGAGAUGGCAGUCGAUACUGUACAGAGAAAAGACUUCAAAUGUGCCUCUGCCAUGUCAUCUGGUAUCCAAGUGGUUUUUGCUCUGAAAACAAUACAGUGAAUACAGUUUGUAACUAGUAAUGUGAAUGUCUCUGUUAUUUUAAGAUUCCAAGAAUACUCUGGAAUACAAUGUAAAAGUGCAUAUUUGAAAUCACCUUGUUUUAGUAGGAGUCGAGGAGUUGUAUGUUGGGAAAACGAAAAAGUCGACAUCUGUGCAUCUGUAUUUAUAAUGUGAUAUUUUAAUAUAAAACAUGAUGCUCAACAACAAAUAUAGGACUAGACUAGAUUUUACUCAUCAGGAAUUGAUUGGAUAAUGAAAAUGUUGUGUUCCAUACCAAAGGGGUUGGAGAGCAGGGUUUUGAAAAAUAAACACUUGAUAUAAGCCAAAAAGGAAAGUUGCUUCAGAGGUGGAGCAAG